AUGUUUCACACUCGCAACCCAUCAACGCGCCAUCCCCAUCUCGAAUCCAUAAACCUGGACAAUCUUGAAACGCUGCAGGAUCGCUGGGCGAAGCAGAACGCGUCGUCCCGAUGCCCCCUUCCCUCCCCUGAGCUGAACUCCCCCCGCUCACUUGCCGCCUGCAGACGGUGUGGCGUUGAUCCGUCCAAGGACCUCGAGAAGCUUUCCCUCCUGCAGCACCUCCUGCGGCUGUCACACAAACUGCAGUAUGUGGAGGAAACGGUCGACGCGCUGUCACGGAGACUUGAUUUGAAGACAGCGCUGCAGACCGCCGUUUUGGCCUUUCAGCACACCACAAUUGGGCUGGGGACGUCCAAAGAGAAGGUCGUGGCGUAUAUGGGGUUCUUGAAUCAGGAGGAGGUCCGUGUGCCGCGUUUGGAGAAGCUGCGGCGCGUGCGUCGUCAAAUGAUCGAGGAAGAAGCUGCAGAGCCUGAAGGCUUGAGCAAUGGCUCCACGGGAGCUGCGGUUGCUAUGGAAGUAAGCCAUUCCCAUGCAUCAUCACAAGUCCAGCAUUUAGACCACUCGAAUGAUCACGGUAUGGUUGUUUCUGCGCAAACUGUAAGGAGUACAGAGUUGGAUGUGAUUCCCGUUAAUUCUAGGGGCCUUGCCGAAAGCUUGAAGGGCAAGGCACCGGAUUCCACUUUAACCACACCCCUUUCUCACGCUGUUACCACAUACACGGGCCGUUAUCAACAGUUCCCUUCCUCAAAGAUCCCCUACGUUCCACGUGAUGCGAUGGCGCUGAAUACCAAUUACUUCGCCAAUCGCACCUUCAAGUCUUUAGAAGCCGUAAGCAACCCCUCCGGUGCACCUUUGCGGUGCUCAGUUCACGAGCAAACGAAUUUAGUAAAUUCUCGUCUUCGAAUAGACAGCGGAGAAUUGGAGGAGAUGCGCAAUGACCAUGCUGGCAAUAAUAAAGCUCUUUCUGCUGAUGCGCUUCGCUUGAGGAGCGAUAAUCGAUUUACGGAGGGAAAGGCAGGGGAAGCAUCUGUCUCCAUGUCUGUUUUACGCAACGGGAGCAGGGGCGGUAUCACCGCGCCUUACGCGCUUUCCAUCUCUCAACAAUCAGACAGUGGGAAUCUAGGGAUAAAGAAGGAUACAACUGAAGUUUUUAGCGAUGCGAACCUUACGACUUCGCAGGAAGGAAAAAACUCCCUUUUGAUGACUUCGUCUCGGGCUAAUUUCAAGCUCUCUGAGACUCAAACUGGGAGUUCCGUAAUGGAGACGAUCAAUGAUAGCUUAUCCUCAUCAUUCACUGACAGUUGUCUGAAGCAAAGCACCACCUACAUCCCUCUGGUUUACGGGAAGGAGCUACAUGAACCUUUUGUUUACUAUUGCGCUAAUCCAGCACUUCUUUUUGCCUAG